CCCAUAAAUACUUAGAGCAACACUUUCCGUCUAACCCAGAGAGCAGCAAUUGAUUAAUAGCUCGGCGAGGGGACACACUGACUGUUAUAAUAACACUACACCAGCAACUCCUGGCUUCCCAGCCGGAACACAGGAGAGAGUCAGUGGCAAAUAACCAUUUUUCUUCUUUCUUAAAAAACCAGCAACUUGUUUGCUAGUUUUAUUUCUCUUGGAUUUUUUUUCUUUUUUUUGGUGGUUGCUUUCAAGUGUGGAGGGCAAAAGGAGAUACCAACCUAGGCUCAGUCAAAUCCUUCUUCAAAACGGCUUCUCUGAUACUCCAGCUGUCUGACAACAUCUACCCGGUGGAGGACCUUGCCGCCACAUCGGUGACCAUCUUCCCCAAUGCCGAACUGGGAGGCCCCUUUGACCAGAUGAACGGAGUGGCCGGAGAUGGCAUGAUCAACGUUGACAUGACCGGAGAGAAGAGGUCCUUGGAUCUCCCAUAUCCCAGCAGCUUUGCUCCUGUCUCUGCAACCCGAAACCAGACCUUCACUUACAUGGGCAAGUUCUCCAUUGACCCCCAGUACCCUGGUGCCAGCUGCUACCCAGAAGGCAUAAUCAAUAUUGUGAGUGCCGGCAUCUUGCAAGGGGUCACCUCCCCAGCUUCGACCACAGCCUCAUCCAGCGUCACUUCUGCCUCCCCCAACCCAUUGGCCACAGGACCCCUGGGUGUGUGCACCAUGUCCCAGACCCAGCCUGACCUGGACCACCUCUACUCUCCGCCACCACCACCUCCUCCUUAUUCUGGCUGUGUGGGAGACCUCUACCAGGACCCCUCGGCGUUCCUGUCACCAGCCACCACCUCCACUUCCUCCUCUCUGGCCUACCCACCACCUCCUUCCUACCCGUCCCCCAAGCCAGCCACGGACCCAGGUCUCUUCCCCAUGAUCCCGGACUAUCCUGGAUUUUUCCCAUCACAGUGCCAGAGAGACCUACACGGUACAGCUGGCCCAGACCGCAAGCCCUUUCCCUGCCCUCUGGACUCCCUGCGAGUCCCCCCUCCACUCACUCCACUCUCCACCAUACGCAACUUUACCCUGGGGGGCCCCAGUGCUGGGGCCACAGGGCCAGGGGCCAGUGGAGGCAGUGAGGGACCCCGGCUGCCUGGCAGCAGCUCAGCAGCAGCCGCUGCUGCAGCCUAUAACCCACACCACCUGCCGCUGCGGCCCAUCCUGAGGCCUCGCAAGUACCCCAACAGGCCUAGCAAGACCCCAGUGCAUGAGAGGCCCUACCCAUGCCCAGCAGAGGGCUGUGACCGGCGCUUCUCCCGCUCCGACGAGCUCACACGGCACAUCCGAAUCCACACAGGGCACAAGCCCUUUCAGUGUCGGAUUUGCAUGCGCAACUUCAGCCGCAGUGACCACCUCACUACCCACAUCCGCACCCACACUGGCGAGAAGCCCUUUGCUUGUGACUUCUGCGGCCGCAAGUUUGCCCGGAGUGAUGAAAGGAAGCGCCACACCAAGAUCCAUCUGAGACAGAAGGAGCGCAAAGGCAGUGCCCCCUCCUCAUCGGUGCCAGCCGCCUCCACAGCCUCCUGCACGGGAGGCACCCAGCCUGGGGGUCCCCUGUGCAGCAGCAACAGCGGCACUCUUGGUGGAGGGUCCCUCGCCCCUUGCUCCUCUCGGACCCGGACACCUUGAGAUGAGACUCAGGCUGACACACCAGCUCCUUGAGGCCCUGGAGGCCCUUCGUCUGCUCAAGCUGCACGACAAACACUACCACCCUUUCCUGCCCCCCUUUCCACUUAGAAGCAGGUCCUUCCUAAAACUUCUUAGCCCACUUUAGUCUCUCUUAGGUGAGUUGACUAUCACCCCAAGUAAUGGGGAGGCUUGGAAGGGGGUUGGGUGGGGGCCCCUGGCCUAGAGGGCUGAGGCCUGACCCUGCUUUAGAGGGUUGUUUGACUAAGUUUUGCUCCCCCCCCCCCCCCCCCCCCCCCCAUUUUGACUGGUUACAGGUUCUUGACUCUAGAUGUCAGAAUUGACCUGAGACUUUUUCUACAGUAGGUUGGGAGAUGCUGAUCCCUUCAGGUGGGGACGGCAAAAAGACAGAAGCAAAACUGAUGUGCACUUUAUGGCUUGGGCCUGAUUUGGGGGACGCUGUACAGUGAGUGAAGCAUGGCCUUUAUGCUGCAUUCUGUGGCCCUAGAACAGUGAAUCAAAGCUUAUCUAGUCGUCUCAACCCUUUAAGCAAUAUGUAUUAUAAUCUCAGAGAAUGUAAGUGCAAUGUGAUGGGAGGGCCAUAGCAAUAUCUGCUCCUUUUUGAGUUGUCUGAGAAACGUAAAGACUAUUUUUUCAGUGUAUAUCUACUCAGAUUUUGUGUAUUUUUGAUGUGCACUGUUAAACAAGUUCUGAACCUUUGGGAAAAAAAGCAUUUAUGAUCUCUUGAAAUAAGUCAGAGGUUAACUUAUUUAAAGGGGGAUGUACAUAUAGUCUGAAACUAGGAUGCAUGCAAUUGUGUUGGAAAUGUCCUUGGUGCCUUGUGUGAUGUAGACAAUGUUACAGGGUCUGCAUGUAAAUGGGUUGCCUUACUAUGGAAAAAAAAAUCACUCCCUGGGUUUAUUAUGGCUGUAUAUUUCUGCCUAUUAAUAUUUGGAAUUUUUUUUAGAAAGUAUAUUUUUGUAUGCUCUGUUUUGUGACUUAAAAGUGUUACCUUUGUAGUCGACUUGCAGAUAAGAAUGUAAAUAAUGUUACUGGAGCUGACUUGUUUGGUUAUUAGCUCUUAAUAGUUGUGGAAAUAUAAAUGAUUUAUUCUAAUGCGAAACCACUAACUGAAGUUCAGAUAAUGGAUCGUUUAUGACUAUAGUGUAAAUAAAUACUUUUCAACAAUA